CUCCAAUUACUGCUGAAAUGGGCCGCUUCUGUUGUUUAAUGCAACAGACUACAGCACGCACGGCAAUUAAUGCCUCUCCUUUGCUUCUCCCUUCACAAGCACUCAAACACAUACCGAGCAGCCUUGUGUUCCUCCCACCUCCUAUGAUUGGCCAUCAGUCAGGGAAAGGGGAAGAUCACGCCCCUCUCAUUGGCCAGCUGACUGGUUGGGGAGUUUCCGCCCUGUUUCUGUGAAACGAGAAGCUGGGGGGAGGAGGUGGAGAGACAGAGAGUAAUGAAUGACACGGCAGGCUCCUUCCUGGUCAGUAUCAAGCAGCUGGGAAGGUGCCGCACUGAGCAUCAUUCAGACUCCUAAGAAUUUAUCGGUUACAAAGGGAGACAAUGUCUGUAUAACUUGCUCCUGGGAAGCUGAGGAUCAGGAUGAGAGGAUCAGAGUCUGGUGGAAAGUAUAUUAUGAAUCAGCGAGUGCAGCUCAUAAUGGGACAGUUUUAGCAUCGGUUUUGUGGAUAAACAAUAAAACGGAGGUCAGAAUAAGAUCUCGGGAUCAGAGUGACUAUCAGUUAACCAAGGAUAAAGCCCAGCUCUGGCUUUUCUCCGUCAAUGAGAGCGACGCAGGAAAUUAUAUUUGUGAGGUCAUCAUUGAUAAACCAGAACAUCGAUCUGGAAAAGGAAAAGGCACAACAUUAUAUGUCAUUGACUCCUCGUCCUCUCCUGUGAUUCAUAUCUGGUGGAACUACAGUCUCUACAUCUGGAUUCCAUUUGCUAUUCUUAUUUCAGUGAUUAUUGUCACAAUCCCAGUUAUCUGGAUUUGUAAAAGAAAAAGAGAACCAACAGCUUUGUACAGUGAUCACACCUAUGGCAACUUCGCACAAAAUGAAAAAGAUUCACACAGAAAAAUCUCCCCAAAAGCCAAGAAGCACCAUCCCAGCAGAAGUAAAGAUGUUUCCAGUGUUGAAAAGGGGACAAGGAAACAACACGAGAUUGUUUGAAUUUUCACAAGAUUGAAAACAUAACUUUGCCUUCAAGUGUAAAACAAAUUACCGGAAAAGGAGGAUCUUCUCAAGAGCAAUUAUGGCCAGAGAAGCCCACAACCACUGCAGUUCCCUCCAUCAGAUGGAAAAUACUCACAACAAACAGAGGACAAUGCUAAAUGGUUGAUAAAUGGUUUUCAGUCAAUCUGGGGUUCCCUGUCUGUCCUGGAAUGAUGGAGGUUCUCAAAGCUGCCUCCUCUUGUAUCGACUCCAUACUAUGCCACUAAUGCCUGACAAGCAAUGAAAAAACUACACAUUGGCAUAGUAAAGAGUUCACUGUACACUUCAGCUGUUGAAUUGAGCUGAGUAUAGGAAAAAUUUGUGUUUCUAUGAACAGGGUCUCCAAGGGAUUCACAAAAGCCUCACUCUACUAAAAGGGCUUGUAAAGGCAAAAAAAAUCCCAUUUUUACUUUCUUUAAUGAAAAAGAAACCUAUCUCCAAUAUACUUUCAUUAAAAAAAUGUGUAUCGUAUUUAUAAGAAACCUGAC